CACGACAUCCCUCCCCCUCCUCCCCCUCAAGCUCGUCAAGAUGCCUCGCGCUCCCCGCAGCACCAGCAAGACCUACAAGGUCCCGCGUCGCCCCUUUGAGAGCGCGCGCCUCGACGCCGAGCUCAAGCUCGCCGGCGAGUACGGCCUGCGCAACAAGCGCGAGAUCUGGCGCAUUGCUCUUGUGCUCUCCAAGAUCCGUCGUGCUGCCCGUGAGCUGCUGAAGCUCGACGAGAAGGACCCCAAGCGUCUCUUCGAGGGUAACGCCAUCAUUCGCCGCCUGGUUCGCAUUGGUGUGCUGGACGAGACGCGCAUGCGUCUCGACUACGUGCUCGCCCUCAAGAUCGAGGACUUCCUCGAGCGCCGCCUGCAGACGCAGGUGUUCAAGAGCGGCCUCGCCAAGUCGAUCCACCACGCCCGCGUGCUCAUCCGCCAGCGCCACAUCCGCGUCGGCAAGCAGAUUGUCAACGUGCCCAGCUUCACCGUGCGCCUCGACAGCCAGAAGCACAUCGACUUCGCCCUCACCAGCCCCUACGGCGGUGCGCGCGCCGGCCGUGUCAAGCGGAAGCGCGCUGCCGCUGCCGCCGCCAAGGAGGGCGAGGCUGGCGGCGACGCCGAGGAGGAGGAGGAGGAGUAAAUGCACAAUCCCGUGUUGCACCCUCUACGCUCUCUCUCUCGCCCGUCGCUGUUCCUCUUCUGCAUCACCAUGGUUCACUCUCUCUCAUCGGCGGUCCGGCGUGGCGCGCAGGCCUGCGCUCCACUGCUGGCCUAUGACACGGGAGCGGCAUGACGGUCGUGUGUGCCGUCGCGUCGUCUCUCUCUCUUCCUCAUCCACGCACACUCCACGCAUACACACACACACACUUUUCCUGGAGCGCCGCGCACCCGCGACGCCUCCACGUCCCACACUCUGUACUUUGAACGGUGCCAGCGCACCACCACCCAAAACCCCGAGAAUGCUUCAUGGCCUUGGCUCAG